CCCCUAUGAGCGGCGGCUUCUCAUCAUGGCGGAUCCGAGAGAUAAGGCGCUUCAGGACUACCGCAAGAAGCUGCUGGAGCACAAGGAGAUCGACGGCCGUCUCAAGGAGUUAAGGGAACAAUUGAAAGAACUUACCAAACAGUAUGAAAAGUCUGAAAAUGAUUUGAAGGCCCUACAAAGUGUUGGACAGAUUGUGGGUGAAGUACUUAAGCAAUUAACUGAAGAAAAAUUCAUUGUUAAAGCUACAAAUGGACCAAGAUAUGUUGUGGGUUGUCGUCGACAGCUUGACAAAAGUAAGCUGAAGCCAGGAACAAGAGUUGCUUUGGAUAUGACUACACUAACUAUCAUGAGAUAUUUGCCAAGAGAGGUGGAUCCGCUGGUUUACAACAUGUCUCAUGAGGACCCUGGGAAUGUUUCUUAUUCUGAGAUUGGAGGGCUGUCAGAACAGAUUCGGGAAUUAAGAGAGGUGAUAGAAUUACCUCUUACAAACCCAGAAUUAUUCCAGCGCGUAGGAAUAAUACCUCCAAAGGGCUGUUUGUUAUAUGGACCACCAGGUACAGGAAAGACACUCUUGGCACGAGCUGUUGCUAGCCAGCUAGACUGCAAUUUCUUAAAGGUUGUAUCUAGUUCUAUUGUAGACAAGUACAUUGGUGAAAGUGCUCGUUUGAUCAGAGAAAUGUUUAAUUAUGCCAGGGACCAUCAGCCAUGCAUCAUUUUUAUGGAUGAAAUAGAUGCUAUUGGUGGUCGUCGGUUUUCUGAGGGUACUUCAGCUGAUAGAGAGAUUCAGAGAACUUUAAUGGAGUUACUGAAUCAAAUGGAUGGAUUUGAUACUCUACAUAGAGUUAAAAUGAUCAUGGCUACAAACCGACCAGAUACACUGGAUCCUGCUUUACUUCGUCCAGGAAGAUUAGAUAGAAAAAUACAUAUUGAUUUACCAAACGAACAAGCAAGAUUAGAUAUAUUGAAAAUCCAUGCAGGUCCCAUUACAAAGCAUGGUGAAAUAGAUUAUGAAGCAAUUGUGAAGCUUUCAGAUGGCUUUAAUGGAGCAGACCUGAGAAAUGUUUGUACUGAAGCAGGUAUGUUUGCAAUUCGUGCUGAUCAUGAUUUUGUAGUACAGGAAGACUUCAUGAAAGCAGUCAGAAAAGUGGCUGAUUCUAAGAAACUAGAGUCUAAAUUGGACUACAAACCUGUGUAAUUUACUGUAAGGUUUUUGAUAGCUGCAUGACAGACGUUGGCUUAAUGUAAAAAUAAAGUUAAGGAAAAUAAUGUAUGUAUUGGUAAUGAUCUCAUUAAAAGCUAAUGAAUAAAAAUAUGUGUAACACCAUAAAAAUUAGUAAUUCAGUAAUUCUACUUUUAAGAUUGGUACAGAAGAAAUUUGUUUGUUAAUGUUGCAUUUAUUGCAGCAGAUGUUAUAAAAGAAGAGUAUGUUGAAGCUUUUCGUAUUUGCUGUUUGAGCAUUUUGUAAAACAUUGAAAAUGGUUUGAGAUAGUAGUACAAAAGAGCAUUUCUUAUGACUUAUUUUAUAUCAUUUGUUUUCCUUAUCCUAAGAAGUUGAAUAAAAUUUGUUUGAUUCAGUUCUGCUA